CCCCUGGGCGCCCCUCAAGGUGCCGUCUACACGGACAUCCCGGCCCCGGAGGCGGCCCGCCAGUGCGCCCCGCCGCCGGCGCCCCCCACCUCGUCCAGCGCCACCCUGGGCUACGGCUACCCGUUCGGUGGCAGCUACUACGGCUGCCGCCUGUCGCACAACGUGAACCUGCAGCAAAAGCCUUGCGCCUACCACCCAGGCGAUAAGUACCCGGAGCCGUCGGGCUCCCUGCCCGGUGACGACCUGUCCUCCAGAGCCAAGGAGUUCGCCUUCUAUCCCAGCUUCGCCAGCUCCUACCAGGCGAUGCCCAGCUACCUGGACGUGUCGGUAGUGCCUGGGAUCAGCGGGCAUCCGGAGCCGCGUCAUGACGCGCUCAUCCCCGUCGAAGGCUACCAGCACUGGGCUCUCUCCAACGGCUGGGACAGUCAGGUGUACUGCUCCAAGGAGCAGUCGCAGUCCGCCCAUCUCUGGAAGUCUCCCUUUCCAGGUAAGGAAGGGGCCCGAGUGCCGCCGCCGCCGCCGCCGCC